CGUAGGCCGGCAGUGCUACGAAAAAGUCCCACAGUCGCGCCGCGCCCGUAGACAGCUACGCUCGUAGCUCCGUAGCACCGCUACGACCGCGCGCUACGAACUACAUAAACAAGUGUAUUUGUGAAUGUGGAAGUGACUUUUGUGACUUUGUUACAACUUACAUAAAGAUGUCCCUGGUUCCACCAGGGGGUGCGGACUCCCCCAGUCCGCGGCGGGCAGUGAGCCCACUGCUGGAGAUGCGCAGGCCUCACUGCACCCUCGCCUGCGACUACUGCGCCGCCAUACUCGAGGACAAGUUCAAACGUAGUGCCGACAUGCGCAACAGAGGAACCUCACCUCUGUCAGCAUCACCGCGCCAGUCCCUCACUGGGGAACCUCCUUGGACACUCCCGGAUGACGACCGACCUGACUUCUCAGCCCUAAAGGAAAAUAUACAGAGGAUUAACAAGGACUGUGAGACCUCCACACGUCUGGACAUGUUGCUGACACAAGUGGAGCAGUACGCGAAUAACCUGGAGGCCCUCGUCGAGGAGAGGACUUCGGACUACUUGGAGGAGAAGAGGAAGUGUGAGGAACUGCUCUACCAACUUCUACCAAAGUCAGUAGCCUCCCAGCUGAUAAUGGGCCAGCCCGUCAUGGCGGAGACGUACGACCAAGUGACGAUCUACUUCAGUGACAUCAUUGGCUUCACCCAGCUGUCCGCAGAGUCCACUCCUCUGGAGGUGGUCGACCUGCUCAACGACCUGUACACGAGCUUCGACUCCAUCAUUGAGAACUUUGAUGUUUACAAGGUAGAGACAAUUGGAGACGCAUACAUGGUGGUGUCAGGCCUGCCGAUGCGCAAUGGCAAUCGGCACGCGGCUGAGAUCGCGCGCAUGUCCCUCGCGCUCCUGAACGCUGUGCGCGUGAAGACAGUGCCGCAUCGGCCUGGAGAACGGCUGUUACUGAGGAUUGGGAUGCAUACAGGACCUUGCGUGGCUGGAGUGGUGGGUCUGAAGAUGCCUCGAUACUGCCUCUUCGGAGACACGGUGAACACCGCAUCACGGAUGGAGUCACACGGAGAGGCUCUCAAGAUACAUGUCAGUCCGAAGACCAAGGAGGUUCUCGACUUGUAUGACUGCUUCGAACUUGAAUGCAGGGGAGAAAUCUCCAUGAAGGGCAAAGGCAAAAUGGUAACAUACUGGCUGAUCGGAGAGAAAAAGCCAGAAAAUCAAGAAUGUUACUACACCCAAACAAACCAUGUUCAGAGCACUUUGGUGAACAAUCCAAGCAUCACGUUCCAGGGUCCUGACAGCCCUGCUUCCCAUUCUUUAACACAGAGUCACAGCCCUGAACAGAACAUGCCAGAAACGAAAGAAAACCACCGACCACUGGAGAUACAGAGCGAGAGAGACCGCAUCAAACAUGAGAUAGCAACAUUCGUCGCUAAAGACUUAAUCAACAACAUAGACAUCGCCGUCAGAGAAUUUCGGAAGUCGCAAAGCGCAAAUUUUGUCACGGCAACCAACAAACCAUUGUGCAAUGGAAACGAAAAAGGUCUGAUAACUCCAACUUAUGACAAAGAGCUCGUGAUUAGCAAAGGUAAGGUGCGAGAUGUAGUGAACAGGUUCAAUAGCUGUGUGAUCACCAAUGAUGGCAACAAAUGCUCGAAGACGAAAAUAAAAAAUGAAGACUGAAAUGACGAAGGAACGCUUACUGACUUUCCCUGCCCGGUCUAAACAGAAAUUUUGUAACUUUAGAAACGUUUAUAGGGAAACUAAUUUCACACAAAAAAAUAUAAAACAAAAAAUGUAUUUUGUGCCAAGCACAUAGAUUUCUUGGAUAGUCUAGUCAUUAUUGUUUUGAGAAAUUAUUAUAUUAAUAAUAUUAAAACUUAACAUUCUUAAGAAAAACAUGUUAAAUGUAGUGGGUGACCAAAGACCCUCCGAAUUCUAGUUAAGUAUUAAUAGACGAUUUUAAAUGUAUCUCAUAGAUAUUUAUUAUACGUGUACUAGUUUUAAGAAAAACGGUCGCAGAAGCGAUUUCAAGAAAGAUGUAGUGAGAAUAUUAUGUGUGAAUAUUAAAAAGUAACUAUUAUUGUAUUAUACACUUGGGCCCUGUAGUGUUUUUACUGACCUUUUAUACUUCCGUAUCUUUCUAGUCCAUUGUAUACUCGUCGUUACUAAGACAUUUGUACAUACAUUGAUAAAGUUUAACUUUAAUUAGAUUGCACGACUUAAUCAAGCAACUAUCUGAUGAUACUCAACUAAUUUCAAGCCAGCUAGGGACCCAUAACCGAGAACGGCAUGCGCAACAAUUAUCGUGCGGCCAUCUUGCUUGGUUACGGGCGUGGCUUGAAAUUAGUCGAGGCAACUCUCGAGAGGUUACGUGGCUAAACCGUGCAACCUAAUUAAUGUAAUAUGUCACAUGAUAGUUGUAAUACAAAAAUUAACUUUUCACACCAUAUUAGGUGUUGUAUUGUCAUUCCCUUAGUGGACUUCACGUCACAUGUAAGUAAAUAAAAAAGUGUUUUACGCUUAUCUAGAUGACUUUCUGAUUUUAUCAAACAUAUAAAUAGAUGCUAAGUGGUUGUUAGACUCUUCUAAUUUUAGAACGUUCGUUGCAUUUUAUGCUGUAAGCAUUUUUAGAUAAUUUCGAUGUUUCAAUGAAAUCUGUUAUUAGCUUAACGAGAUAUUUAUUGUGAGUUUGGAUACAAUAGGGAUGAUGACCGGGUAUGAAAAUUAAAAAUCUAUUUAGUCCGUCAGUUAGGUAAUGAAAUAAUAUUAGUUUUUAAACUGACAUGGUCACUAACACCAUCACUAGAACCUAUUACGGGACAUUUACCAUGUUUAUUUAAUUUGGCGAGUUUCCGAUAUUUCGGCACUGUUGCAAGCGCCAUGAUCACGGAUUAACUGGAGUAAAUGCGGGUGGGUGUUCACGAGCAGACAAAUCGGUCUACCCGCUUUCUCGUUCGUUUCUUGCUGACAUCACUAACACCACUACCAUUGUCACUUGUAACUCGGUUUAACUCUCGACACACAAAACUCACUGUGUCCGCUCGCGAAUUUUUCUUUCUUGGCACUUUUUCGGGUUUUACACAGUUGGACCACUGGAUUCCAAGCCCUCGACAGUUGAAACCCAUCCUCCCGGUUGAAGUUUUUGUACUUGGUUAUCUCAAUCGCUUCUCUUACCAGUCUAGGUAUAUAGUGGCGUUCUGUCGAGAUAACUUGUGGGUUAUGUAACUCAAUCCAGUGGUUUGAUCCAGCCUCCAAGAUGUGUUGAGCUAUAGCGGAUUUUUGUGCGUCGUUGUUUUUCACCGCUCUGAUAUGCUCAGAAAUUCUACAAGCCACAGUACGCUUAGUCUGACCGAUAUAUGAUUUGCCACAGCUACAGUCCACUUUAUAGAAUUUAUCCACUUUAUAAUAUUAAUCCGUGAUCAUGGCGCUUGCAACAGUGCCGAAAUAUCGGAAACUCGCCAAAUUAAAUAAACAUGGUAAAUGUCCCGUAAUAGGUUCUAGUGAUGAAAUAAUAUUAGACACAUAUUUUUUUUUAUAUUGUCAUACAAGAUAACAAUACUUAGAUAAAACGAAUCAAAGUUGAGGAUUGGGAGCAAAUACGUCAUUUCUACGUAUAAAAUGUACCUUCAUAAAAAGUAAUAUAAUGCGACAUUUCAAAUCAAUAGUUAUAUCUUCGAAAGUAUUUGUUUCCCGAAAAAUAUACACAUGUCUAAUGUUUUAAAACAAUAUACAAGACGGACAUUAAAAUAAAAAUGAUUCAUCUACCCUAUUUGGGCAAUCAGUACCUAGUUUAUACAAUUGAAUAGCUUUAUGAAUAUAUUCAAUAUAGUUUUGGACAAAAGGUGAUCAUUGCGUAUGUGUCUAUUCAUUAGUUCGUUUUGUUGUUUGGUUGACUGCAUAGCAUUCAUCGACGUAUUCACCAUUUAUAGCUACAAAAAUAUCUAAAUUGACAGUUGGUGUAUGAAUACAGUUAAUUAUAGGUAAGCGUCUACUGGGCCGCAUCGUACGCACCGUAUCAUCGGCAAUGCCUACACUACAUACGAUGCGUACUGAUGACGUCAUACGAAAUGCGUGCGAUACGUGCGAUGCGGGUCUGUGGACGCUUACCUUAUAUCGUUGGUUUAUAUAUAGAGAGUAAAUAUUACUAUGUUAUUUUUAGCUCAAUUUCAAUAAAUUAUCUAUAUUGUAUCCAAAAGUAGAUACCUAUAUUUUCAUUGUUAUAUAAAAACACAUUAUAUUAUAUUAUAUAAAAAUAGAAUUAUAAGUAAAGAUCUCUAUUUCUAGUCUGUUUUAAACUUUUGAUUGUGAUAUUAUAUUUAUUAUUGAAGUACAACUUAUAUAGAGCUGUGAAUCUGAAUUGUUUUAUAAUUUUAAUAUAUAGCUGUAUAGUUUAUUUAUUAAAGAGUUCCUUUGUCUGAUGUGCACGAUCUGUUGCGUCAUUGUUUAAAUCAUAUUAAUAAACUGAUAUUAUAAUAAUU